AGUAGGUGGUUUCAGGGAUCAUGCAGACAUGCUCACAAUAAUAGCGUGAUCAUAGGAACAUCAUUGAAUCCACUUGUAUUGUUGAAGAAAAUAUUCUGAAUCCUUGCCAAAAAUGAAGAUUCAAUAACUGUUCAAUUGUUGAGUAAAUUAUUUCUGAUCAUUCCCAAGUACAUUCACCCAUCUCGUGAAUCUUUCAUUUAAGCGGUAUCGUUCUAGACAGAAAGCCUAGUUGACAGACAUAGUAAGAAACGGACGUAGCCUAGAUUAGAGGUGGAAAUUAUAAUCUUUGUAGACUAGGCUAAUGUUUUUAGGAUUCGAGUUUUUGUUUUAGCAAUGUCGGUGCAAUGUCUGACUAGUUCAAGUCAAAGAGACAGCAACCAGAGUAGUCUACGCGUUUCACGUUCAUUUCCUGCAUAAACUAUAGGCUCCGACCCUAAAUUGUGUGAGCAGCAGAUCGAGCGUCCUGUCAGCUGAGCACAAGAUUCGAUUCUUCGCCUCCUUUGACAGCGAAGUACACACCAAGAUACCCGGAAGGUGCACAGACGAGGGAGAACGACAAUGAACCGCUUCAAGACUUCGAAAUUCAAAAAUACAACCCCGAAAAUCCCCAAAAAAGAUGGCUGGAUUGGUGGUGUGCGGGCUGGGUCCAGUAACUCUCAAGGAAACCAUAUCAAGUCCAGCUGUGAUUUUGUAGCUUUCAACACAGAGCAGGGGGCUGGUGGAAUGGUGGGCCUGACAUCUGUGGAGGCUGGUGCUGAUGGAAAAUGUCCAGUGACUUAUCUGGCCUGUCAUGCUGACCAAGUGACAGAUCUGGACUUCUCUCCAUUUGACAAUAACCUUCUGGCAACAUGUUCUGCUGAUGAAACAGUUAAACUUUGGCGUGUGUGUGGGGUGGAGGAUCAAGUUGUGGAGCCUGAGGUAACUAUGUGCCCAGGCUCAGGGCGUUUAGAGCUGUUGCUCUUCCACCCCUGUGCUGGUGGUCUACUGGCCGUAAGCUCCAGUCAAGCUGUGCAGUUAUGGGAUAUCACCAGAGAUUCAGCCUUGGCAGUUUUGGAGCAGCAUCCUGACCACCUGCAAAGUUUCUCCUGGAAACAAGAUGGCUCUUUACUGGCAACUUCUUGUAAAGAUAAAAAGCUGCGCAUCUUUGACCCCAGAGCUCAGUUGACCACUGUACAGAGUGUUGCAGGCCUGCAGAAUAACCGGGACUCGUGUGUCCUCUGGGUUAGAGAUGACUGCUUCCUGAGCACAGGCUUCAACCAGGUCCGGCAGCAGGAGGUGAGACUGUGGGACAGCAGAAAGUUGAAUUCCUCUCUGGCGUCUGUGUCCUUGGGUACCUCCACAGGAAUCCUGAUGCCAUUGUUUGACCAAGACUCUGGACUCCUAGUGGUCUCUGGAAAGGGGGAUUCUGUUAUUGACUGCUAUGAGGUUUCAUCUGUAGAGCCCCACUUGACACAAGUGAGUCAUUGCCUGACUGAGUUAUCCAACCGCGGUGUUGCCUUGGUCCCCAAACUGGCCUUGGAUGUUGGCUCCUGUGAGGUCAUGCGUGUGCUACAACUGACAGAGAACUUCAUUGUGCCUGUUAGCUAUCAUGUACCACGCAAGUCUGGACAGGACUUCCAUGCUGAUCUUUACCCUGACACACUGGGGCAGACAGCUGCUAUGACCACAGAGGAGUGGUGGGGUGGAGAGAACAAACAGGUGGCGAGGGUCAGCCUUCACCCGGACAAACGUCCCAAGUCUAGUGCCAAAACAGCCAGUCGGCAACCAGCUCCACCACUGGCCACUCAAAAGAGCAAAGAGAAGUCUGUGUCCAGCAGUGAGCUGAGUUCCGGCAGUUCGAGCAUGGCUCAGUCCCGCUCAGCCUCUUCCACCAGUGGUCUGUCGUCCAGCUGCCUGCCCAGCCCCUCCUCCACUGCCAGCACGCGCCAGCUGCAGGGCAUGCUUGGUCCAAGCUCUAAGUUUCGACAUAUUCAGGGAAAUGUUCAGCACCGUGACACACAUAUAUAUAAUCUGCGUGGGCUCAACCUCACUACACCAGGAGAGUGUGAUGGCUUCUGCACCAGUCGCCAUCAUGUGGCAGUACCCCUGGCCAUUGCUGGAGGACAAAUUGCCGUGUUUGAGCUUUCUCAACCAGGGAAGCUUCCUGACACAGCCCUGCCCACCAUUCAGAACUCAGUCAGUGUGGCAGACUUCUGCUGGGACCCAUUCAACCCCCACAGACUAGCUGUUGCUGGAGAGGACGCCAAGAUUCGCAUGUGGUUGGUGCCUGAGGGGGGUCUAACUGAAACUCUGACGGAACCUGAGUGUGUGCUCCAGGGUCACACAGAGAAAAUCUACUCCAUUAAGUUCCACCCUCAUGCCUCUGGUUUGCUGGUCUCCUCUUCUUAUGACCUCACUGUGCGUCUGUGGGAUCUGCAGUCAGGAAAGGAAGUUAAGAAGCUAAAGGGACAUGACGAUCAGAUCUUUGGAAUGGCCUGGAGUCCAGAUGGUAUGCUGCUAGCAACAGUGUGCAAAGAUGGGAAGGUUCGUGUGUAUGACCCACGGAAGUCUGAUGAGCCCAUUCAGGAGGGCCCGGGGCCCGAGGGCCACAGAGGUGCCCGUAUAGUCUGGGUCCUGGAGGGAAAAUAUCUGCUGGUGUCUGGUUUUGACAAUCGCAGUGAGCGGCAGCUGUACCUGAUAUCUGCGGAGUGUGUGAGUGCAGGGCCCGUGGCCAACGUCUCUGCUGAUGUCUCCCCCUCCACCCUCAUCCCCUUUUAUGACCCUGACACCAGCGUCAUCUUCCUCACUGGCAAGGGUGACACUCGAGUCUACAUAUAUGACAUUGUGCCAGAAGAGCCCUAUUUAUUGGAGUGCAGCAGCUUCCAUUCCUCUGAACCACACAAGGGUUUCUCCUUCCUUCCAAAAACAUUGUGUGAUGUGAGAGAUGUAGAGGUUGCCCGUGCUCUGCGUCUCAGCAAGACAUCUAUAGAGCCUAUAGCCUUCAGGGUCCCACGUGUUAGGAAAGAGUUUUUCCAAGAUGAUGUAUUCCCUGAGACGGCUGUGUGGUGGGAAUCCUCUCUCUCUGCUGCUGCUUGGUUUACUGGGUCCAACCACCAGCACCGCAAAAUCAGCCUGCAGCCUAAAGAUAUGACACCUGCGAGUGAAGCACCAAAAGAAGUUCCUGUGCGCAAAUACUUGCCUUCUUCAGUUUACCUGGAAGAGAAAACUGAUGAGCAGAAAAAAGAUGAGUUGCUCAGUGCCAUGGUGGCAAAGCUUGGGAAUCUGGAUGACCCACUGCCACAAGAAUCUUUUGAGGGUGUGGACGAGGAUGAAUGGGAUGAUUAGGACUGACAUCUGGACCAGCUUCUGCCAGUUUUCCGAUUUGCCAUGUCAGAGUGCCAAUCAACAGGAAUAUGCCCUAUUCUUCACAAACACACACACAUACUCACAAAUUCAGUGUUACACAAAAACACUCCUGUUAUGGCUUUUUCUUGUCUGUUGCUGUUAAUUUUUCCUCCUCCUUGCACUCUGAUGCUGCCUGUCUUAUAACCCAUUGGUGGUAUGGAAUUCCUCCACCAGUCUUAAUUAGAUAAGAUGCUGUAAGAUACCAUGCAGCACCUAUAGACCCUUUCAAGAGAGUUCCAUUAUCAGCAUCAUAGUUGGCCCCACAAGGCUUCCGUUUUAACAUUCCAUAUGUUCUCUUAAUGCAGAGGAAUUAGAUUGGGAACCAAAUAGAACUUUCAAGCAUUGUUUUUGUUUUUAUUGUUGAAAGGGUAUAUACUCUUUCACACAUAGGCCCUUCCCACAGUCACACACAGCACACACAAGGCCAUUGAAGGGUGUCUUCUUGUAAUGUUGUGUGUAUGUAAAAGGCCAUGGAACUGUAUGACUGUUAAACACUUGUGAUGGUGGGUUAAGUAGUGGUGCUUGCUUCCCAUUGAGUGUAUGCCCAGAUUCUUAUUCAGGGCCAUUGUCUUUCCUUGCACUGACCCUAAGACAAUUAUUAGAUGUAGAUUGUAGAUUAACUAUAGGCUAUAACUGGAAAGUUACUGUAUGCCAGUCUGUUCUUAGUGUUUUGCUCAGAACAUGUCAUAUUUUUUUGUUCAUUUCUGGAAGUCUUUUCAGUGUUCAUUCCUAAUUACAAUGUCACCCAUUUUUGACAAAAAUGGAUAAUGUUUUCUUAUGACAGUUUUAUACAAUCUUGUGCAGUAUAGUUUAGUCGGAUAUACUGUACUGUGUCUUCUGUUGCCAUUGGUGAAGUUUAGAUAACUUGCCAUGUUACUACACAUCACUGAUCUUGUUCACUUUCCACACCACUUUUUGAUGAGAAGAGAUGAAAACGAAAUGAGAAGAAAUAAACAUGGUUUUGAAAAAAGUUUUGAUGAACAUU